AUGGGACGUACGAAGGCGUCUCGACGAUAUUCCUCACCAGACCCUCACAUGCCUAUCACUCCAAUUAAGUUCCCUCCAAAAGUUACGCCCGCUAGACCCGAUAUUACCUCCGCACCUGCUAUCAAUGACCUGCUUUCAGGACCAGAUGCUUCCAUUUCAUCUUUAAACACCACAUUUUCUGAUUUGUCUCAUUCAUUGACCUUCUCAGAUGGGGAUUCUGAUAGAAAUGUUUCAACUUCUCCAAGGUCUCAAAGCAAAGUCAAAUUAUCUAAGAAUAUCUGCUUAAAGGCCGAUCUAGAUGAUUCUCUAGCUCACUUACUAGAAUGGGACGAAUGCGAAAAUUUACGAACAGGUUGGUAA